CUCUCUGCCCUGCGUCAGAAAACGCCACCCCCACCUAUAAAGCUGUCGCCCCGUACGUGCGCAGCACGUGGUUGGGGUCGCCUAGACGGCGUCUACGCCUGCGAGCGUCGACGAUCGUGAGUCGACCGACGGCUCAGAGCGUCCCGUACGUAGCAGCAUGCACUCGUAUGUAUAUACAAGAAGGAACUUUAGUAACGCUGCCGCAAAAGCUGAGGGGGGAGGAGAAAAAGACAGAGUUCUGCUAUUGAUUGAGAAUUGAUUAGGAAUCAAGAAGAAUCGAUCACGCACUAGUGGGCUCUGUUUUUAUUCACUUGGCUUCGCUUUCCACUCGAAGCGUCGGGAAAGCUUGGGGAGAUUCAGUUUUGGACACAAAUGGCGUAGACGACGACAGUUGAAGACUUGCUUCGGGGAAGGAAACAACUGAAAGGAGCUAAUUUUAAGGAAGAAAAGGUACUUUUUUGCUGUUGAGAGGGAUGGAGUCUAACAAUUGGGCGAGGCUCGGGGUGGCGUGCCUACUGGUAGCGGUGGUGUGCUGCUUAUCGUGCGCCGAGGCGGCGGCGGCGACGCGGCGGGUGGAGGUGCAGAGACACCUAAAGAGGCUCAACAAGCAAGCUGUCAAGAGCAUCAAGAGCCCUGAUGGAGACAUCAUCGACUGCGUACACAUAUCUCACCAGCCAGCCUUCGACCACCCUUUCCUCAAGAACCACACGAUCCAGAUGAGACCAUCACAUCACCCAGAAGGACAAGUGCUCCUUGACGAGAACAAACUGAUCACUUCAAAGCAGAAACCCCCUCCCCGAUCCCAGCUCUGGCACAACAUUGGCAGGUGUCCCCAGAACACUAUCCCUGUUCGCAGAACAAAGAAGGAAGACCUGCUCAGAGCAAGCUCCAUGAAGAAAUAUGGCAGAAAGCUGCAAAGGACCACCCCUAAUCCACUCUCCCUUCAACCUGACCUCCUCGAUGAGAGUGGUCACCAGCAUGCAAUUGCUUAUGUGGAGGGGGAUUCAUACUAUGGAGCAAGGGCGACCAUUAAUGUCUGGGAGCCAAGGCUUGAGCAGGGGAAUGAGUUCAGUCUGUCUCAGGUCUGGGUUAUUGGGGGCUCCUUUGGAGAGGAUCUCAACAGCAUUGAAGCUGGCUGGCAGGUGAGUCCAGACCUUUAUGGUGAUAACAACACAAGACUCUUCACUUACUGGACUACUGAUUCUUACCAAGCAACAGGUUGCUACAACUUAUUGUGUUCUGGAUUCAUUCAAGUAAACAGUGAGAUUGCAAUGGGUGCCACAAUCUACCCUGUUUCUAAAUAUGAAGGUUUCCAAUAUGAUAUCAGUAUCCUUGUUUGGAAGGAUCCAAAGGAAGGUCACUGGUGGCUACAAUUUGGGAACGACUAUGUGCUUGGCUACUGGCCUUCCUUCCUCUUCUCCUACCUCUCGGAGUGUGCCUCCAUGAUUGAAUGGGGAGGGGAGGUUGUGAACUUAGAGCCAGGCGGCGAGCACACUUCCACCGCCAUGGGCAGUGGCCACUUUCCCAAAGAAGGCUUCGGCAAAUCCAGUUACUUCAGGAACAUCCAAGUAGUUGAUGGAUCAAACAACUUGAGAGAUCCAACAGGCAUUGCUGCCUUCACUGAGCAAGCAAACUGCUAUAAUGUGCAGAUUGGCCAUGGUGGUGGCAAAUGGGGGAACUACUUCUACUUUGGAGGUCCUGGAAGAAACUCCAAUUGCCCAUAAAUAUUUCAGUUUGAUCUGUGUUUGGAGAGAAGUUUUUGUUACUUUAAUUCUUUGUUUUGGUUUGUAA